CCGAAGAGUUGUUGCUCCUAACAAUUACUCCACUCCAUGUAUCUUUACGCCUUUAUAUGCCCUCGAGCUACAUGAAAGUGGCCCAUGCACACCGGCCUCCCUCCGGCCUCCUCCACCCCCUCUCGGUGUUGUUGUUCGUUCCCCUCUUCUUCCACUCACUUUGUCAUGCGGAUGGUCAAAAAUUGAAGAGGAGCAUAAAUGAUACAAUCUUUUGCCCUCUGUUCCUCUUCGCGCAUCUUCCUCGUUUCUGGCUGACCCGUACUACUCAAGGGCCCUUGAGAAAUUUCCUCUGAAAUACUGACAUUGGCGUCAGUACCCGUAGUGUAUUAUGACAAAGUCGAAGGGACGAUAUUAGAUGGAGACAACACAAAAGGAAGCGCCAUGCUCCCCUGCCC